AUGGGCAAAGGAGAUCCUAAGAAGCCGAGAAGCAAAAUGUCAUCCUAUGCAUUGUUUGUGCAAACUUGCCGGGAGGAGCACAAGAAGAAGCAUCCAGAUGCUCCAGUGAGCUUCUCAGUGUUUUCUAAGAAGUGCUCAGAGAGGUGGAAGACCAUGUCCGCUAAAGAGAAAGGAAAAUUCAAAGACAAGUCAAAGGCAGACAAGGCCCGUUAUGAAAGAGAAAUGAAAAUGUAUAUCCCUCCUAAAGGGGAAACAAAAAAGUUCAAGGAUCCCAAUGCACCCAAGAGGCCUCCUUCGGCCUUUGUCUUGUUUUGUUCUGAGUAUCAUCCAAAAAUCAAAGGAGAACAUCCUGGCCUAUCCAUUGGUGAUGCUGCAAAGAAACUGGGAGAGAUGUGGAAUAACACUGCUGCAGAGGACAAGCAGCCUUAUGAGUAGAAGGCUGCUAAGCUGAAGGG